GCGCACCGCCGACGCAGCGCCGCCGGCAGUGUCCGCGCCGCCGCACCUCCAUUCACACGAAUGUCUGGCUCCGACCACGACUGGGGCGGCGCCGCGGCCUCCGCCCCCGCCGAUCCCUCCUCCCCCCUUCCCUCCUCCCCUCCCCUCCCGAGCCUCGUCCUCGAAGACGACGGCGGACAGAUGCUGGAGGGCGACCUCGGCGACGCCCCGACCUGCGCCAGGUUCCUCGACCGACUCACCAAGGAAGAAUACUACAGCAGCAGCAGGUUCGCCAUCGGGUACUCGGAGCUGCAGGCGCGCUGGAGCGGGGAGGCCUGCGACGGGGCGGAGGGGGGGGAGAGCCCCUCCCCCUGGGACUCUUCCUCCAGCUCCCCCUCCCUGGCGGCCAGGAAGCAGUCCCUCGCGCUCGCCCUGGAGGACGCGGCCCAGGACCAUCUCCUCGCCCCGGGCGCCCGUCGGUUCUCCCGCCGGUGGUCCUCGUCCGUCGGGGCCUCCCCCCUCGGCACGCCCUCGCCCCUGCUCUCCGCGCCCCCCUCCCCCGUGCCCUCGCCCCUGCUCUCCGCGCCCCCCUCCCCCGUGCCCUCGCCCUCCCAGCGCCCCUCCGCCUCCUCCCCCGACUGCGUCUCCAGCUCCGGAUGCUGCACGGGGAGCAACGACAGCCUCGGGAGCGGGGCCAGCGCGUCCUCCGGCGCGUCCUCGGUCCGCAGGCGCCGCAGCGGCCUCAUGGACACCCUCAGGCGGCUCUUCGGGGUCAAGAGGGCGGCCGCGACCACGAACCUGCCGCGGUCGGCGUCGGAUCAACAGAUUUCCGUCUUGGAAGCUGAACUGGAGACCUACAGACAGCUGAGCGAAGCCAAGCGCCAGGCGGCCGACCUCCUCAAGCACCAGCUGAUGGAGGUUCUAUACGAGAAAGUCGUGACGGAGGUCGAGGAGAAGCACAGGAGGAGACACUUGGAGGAGGAGAUCAUGAGGCUCGAGUUCCAACUCCAUCUCUUGAGAGCCACGACUGAGGACAACAUCAGGUCCCUCUCCACGCAGCUGCAGAGUCUACUUUCAGAGAGAGCGGCCCUAAAACGACAGCUGUCAGUCCACCACUUACCACCCGAGCCCGAAUCCCUUCUUGACCCAGGCCCCUCUAACUUCUCUAAUGCAGGAUAACAUCGAGCUGAUUUCCAUCUCCUGCACAUCUUCUCAGUAAACCAGAAGAUGACUCAGCAGUAUAUUCAGCAGAGGCCAUUCCCUCCGAAUAUAUUUAUAAAGAAAGGACGGAACACACGAAAUAGACGUUAAGGAAGGUUAAAGAUCAUUAGUUAAAACAGAUAAACGUGCUAGACAUCAAGGUCAUAUAGCACUAAGGUAAAGCAUAGUAGCGAAAAUGGUUAGGAAUGAAUUAAUGACUAGGGUAAAGUUAGAGGUUAAACAGUACUAGAGGGUAAUAUGAUAUUAAAAAGGCGAGAGGGGGGGGGGGUUAAUGAGGGCAUUGCAUAGAGGGAGUCUGUCUAUUUGUUAGUCUUUGUCAUCCCUAUAAAACUGAAGUUAAAAGUUAUUUUUCUUUCUAUAUGGGAUGGGAACGCAUAACAUCUGUAAUGGCCUUUGUGUUUUCUUCUUCAGAAUUCGGAAAACAAUGAUUUCUAUAUAACUUUUUUUUUUAAGUUAACUAUUUUCAAAUUCACAGAGAAACAACUGCUUUGUAAUUUUAGACAUGUGAUUAAUCCCACUUACACAUUCUAUUCUUCCUCAUAUCUCUGGAAAUAACUUCCACUGUUGCAUUUCUAGAGGUUGAAACAUUACAUCCCAGACUGAAAAAGUGUUUCAUGCACCGGGAAACACACAAAAAAAAAAUCAAAUAGCGAUCAACGAAAUUUUCUUAUCUAAUUUCCCUAUACCACCCAUAAAAGAUAAUAAAUAAAAAAAAUAAUUAAAAUCACGUCUCGGUAAAUUUACACGAUCCUUAUCACCACUAAGAACUUUCCUAAUUUACAAAACUAUUCAAGGGCCAAUUUUCACACGGGCAUGACGGAUUUUUUCCAGUCUGGAUUACACCCACGUGACUUUUCCCUCUCCAAAACGGCACUCCAUACUUAUUUUAGAAUAGCACACCUUUUGUAGCUGGCACUACACUUUUUGGCAUUAUAAAUCUGUUUGAAGUUCUAUCUACCAUAUCUGUAGCAGGUUCUACACUGUUGAUGUGUUAGUAAACAAUCUGCCAAGCC